AUGGAGCUCUACAAUUGGUCCAGAAUGCGUAAAAUCUGCAAUCAAGGCGGUUUGGUUCAUUAGUACGGGGAUCCAGUGAGAAGGGACAUGUAAGACAGUGUGGUUAGGGAAGAACCUUCCAAUUCUACAUCAGUGCUCACGACUUGCACAUUCUUAUUGGGGCUGCUUUAGAUAUAGUGGCUUGGACAGUAGGAAAGCUGUAAAUCUACACCGAAGUGUCAAUGUUGCACUUUUGAAGGAUUUUAUCACUGUGCUGCAACUGGACAUCAUCGACGGUAGUGACAUUUCCUACCAGUCCACUCCAACUACUGAAACCACCGCUUUCUUUCAGUUGUAGAGGGCGACAGACAGUCGGACUUACGCGAGUUCAAGGCGCAGUUUAUUUUAGAAUAUUAUUCCAUCUGGCUUUUUGGAUGCACCGAUGAGAGAUCCAGUUUUUACAGCGAACGCUAUGGCUUAUCACCCUUUUCACGCGCACAGGCCGGCCGACUUUCCCAUGUCAGCUUUCCUUGCCGCGGCUCAACCCUCGUUCUUUCCAGCGCUCACUUUACCACCGGGUCUCAGUAAACCACUGGCGGAUCAUGCGCUCUCCGGCGCGGCUGAGGCUAGCUUACACGCGGCGCUUGGACAUCACCACCAGGCGGCUCAUCUCCGCUCCUUCAAGAGUCUCGAGCCAGAGGAGGACGUUGAAGACGAUCCUAAAGUUACAUUAGAAGCUAAGGACCUUUGGGAUCAAUUUCACAAAAUUGGAACCGAAAUGGUCAUCACUAAAUCAGGAAGGAGAAUGUUUCCUCCGUUUAAAGUGCGUGUGAACGGCCUGGACAAAAAAGCCAAGUAUAUACUUUUGAUGGAUAUUGUUGCGGCAGAUGACUGUCGGUACAAAUUUCACAACUCUCGAUGGAUGGUCGCGGGAAAGGCCGACCCGGAGAUGCCCAAACGAAUGUACAUUCAUCCGGAUAGCCCGGCCACGGGUGAACAGUGGAUGGCAAAGCCUGUUGCUUUCCAUAAACUCAAACUGACCAACAAUAUCUCGGAUAAACAUGGAUUUACCAUUUUAAAUUCAAUGCAUAAAUACCAACCCAGGUUUCAUAUCGUUAGAGCCAACGACAUUCUGAAGCUCCCUUACAGCACCUUCAGGACAUAUGUAUUUCCUGAGACCGAUUUUAUUGGUGUCACUGCAUAUCAGAAUGACAAGAUCACACAACUGAAAAUCGAUCAUAAUCCAUUCGCAAAAGGAUUCAGAGACACUGGAAAUGGAAGAAGAGAAAAGAGUUUAAUUUUCAGAAAACAGUUAGCCCUGCCGUCAAUGCGCAUGUAUGAUGAUCAGUGCAAAGAUCGAGAUGGAGGAGAUUCGGACGCUUCAUCCUGCGAACAAACUACUGGCAGGGAUUCAGUUCACUCGCCGAUUGGAUCAGCAACAAGUCCACUUAAAUUCAACAGAUCCAGAGAUGACAAAAACUGUGAUGAAAGCGAUAACGAACUAGACCAACACGAUGAUGGAAUGAUCAGAGUCAAUAGUCCGGAUCAGAGACUACGAUCACCGUUCAGCCCACGUUGCGAGGACAGAGUCAAGGACAGAUCUAACCUCGAAAAGAAAAGGGACUGCUCGGAAUCGAGGAACGAGAAUGAUUCUGUCUUCAGCAUCAGAAACUUGGAGAGGGACAAACUGGACAGCAGGAAUUUGAAAGAAUCAGAUACCUCCAAAAAGGAUGCAGACUCCUUGGGCCCAGUCAAAGAUGGCUUUUCCCCACUGAUGGUUCAAACAGAGAGCCCGUCGCAUUUUAGCGCAAGUCACUUGCAAAGUCUAGCCCUCUCUGGUUUACACAAUCAACAUUUCUUUAAUCCACUGAGUGCAGGACAACCACUUUUAUUUCAUCCCGGGCAGUUUGCUAUGACUCCAAGUGCUUUCUCAACUAUGGGCAUGGGACAUUUGUUAGCCUCAAUGUCUGGAGCAAGUGGACUAGAGAAUGGAAGCCUCUCCUCCCAGAGUACCAGUUCACCCAACCCUUUCCCAUUCCACUUAUCACAACAUAUGCUUGCAUCUCAGGGCAUCUCCAUGCAACCGUUCGGAGGAUUGCUACCCUACCCGUACACGUACAUGGCUGCUGCCGCAGCGGCGGCUUCUGCUCUCCCUGCCGGCAGUGCCGCGUCCACCCUCAGCCGGAACCCCUUUUUCUCCAGCACGAGGCCAAGGAUGCGAUUCAACCCCUAUCAGAUCCCCGUGUCUAUUCCUCAAAGCUCCGGCCUGCUCACCACCGGAAUAGCCAGCACUCUGAGCGCGGAGUCAGAGUCAUCGAAAUCAGGCAGCAGGGAGAGCAGUCCCAUAUCUGAGCACCACAGCCAUAAAACCGGAACCGGCCACAGCUCAGGAUCUCCCAAAUCUUCAGGGAAGGAUUCCAUCAACGAACUGCAGAAUAUACAAAGAUUAGUAAGCGGAUUGGAGAAACACAGAGACGUGUCACCCCGUAGCGAUUCACCAAAGUGACCCCAUGAACACUACCGCGUACUCUUUCUACAUAACUAUGCUUCAUUGAAAAUGAGUUUGUCGGUUGAACGUUUUGGCUCAGACAAUGGAACAUCCCCUAUCAUUAGGCGAUCACAACACCUGGAUUUCGACGAGAACUGUUACAUAUUUACGCCCCCCUCUUUCGGAUCUAAGCAUGCUGAUUUCGCUCAUCCUUGAUUUGGCGAUGAAAUCAAAUUAUGAAUGGAAUGUUCUUUAGCUAUUUGAAUGUGGAUGCCCAUUUUAGGCUCACAUUCAGUAUAUAAAAGAAAAGAAAAGAAAAAAAGACUGUAAACAACAUAUGAGGAUGCUCAUCCUUUAAGUGGGACCUUUCUUUCUAAUUAUUUAUAAUAAUAAUAAUAAUAAUAAAAGUAACACGUAUGUAAAUAAGGUUAAUUGACUGAAGGAGACAGAUUUUAAUUUAUUCAAAACUGUACAUUGGUGUGUAAAUAGUAUUAGGUCUCAAUUUGUAACAUUUAUAUAUUUUCCCAUUUACAAAUAAUGAACAUUAUAGCGCUUGAUAGCAGGAAACCGAAUGUGUUAUGUUUGUGAUAUCCUGCCAGAUAAGUAAAAGAAAAGCCACUGUAAAUCUAAAUCUCUGGUGAUACGUUAUUCAUGUGUAAAUUCAACAAAAGAUGUUUAAAUGUAAUGAUGGUCCAUAGGCAGGGACAACUCAGGUUUCUUUCUAAUCUUGCAUUGAGAAGGUUUCUCUUAUGAGAGCUGUCUGUUUAAACAUCUCGGUGCUGGAUUUUCGGGUUAAUGAGCGAUUUUGUUGCAAUUUCUCAGUUAAAUAAAACGAAAGUGUUCAUUUA